GCGCAUGCACGGAAGCCGACUGUGUCCGCGCGCUCCCGCGAGCCUUGCAACCGAUUUGUUACUGUUACCAUAGCAACUCACGAAGUUUGGUCCACACUAUCAGCGUUUUCAGAGUUAGCUAGCUAUUUGUGUCAUUAUUAUUAUUUCUACGGUAUAUGUUUUAACGUGUUCUUUAGUUGUUUUAUACUUAAAUGUAACCUGUUUUUGUUAAACUGCUGAUGUGCUUAAAGUUGAGAAAGUGUGGAGACAAGGUUAACGCGGUUUAAAGACAUGGACAGUGCAGACAGGCUGCAGACAGCUGCCUCUUUCAAGGCCUAUCUACUGAAAGACAGCACAAAAACCAACCUCAACCUCUAUGACCACCUGACCCGGGUACUAAUGAAGGUGAUGGAUGAGCGUCCACACAAUGCAGUGGAUGUGUUUGAGGAUAUAAGUCGAGAUGUAAAGCGGGGUUUAUUUGAAGAGAAGCAGAGCACCCUAAGGGACCUGACAGAGGCCACAGCUGCUGAGCAGCUGGCUGAACAGCAGCGCCUGCUCUUCUCUCGCUUAGAAGACGCUGACCAGGAGGAAGAACUGGUGGAAAUGUUCCUUCCUAAUGUAAGUGAGAUCGCCUUCUAUCUGGAGCAGGCUGGAGUGGGCCUGGGCAGAGAGGAGAUGCAGAGGAUCUUCCUCGCCCUCAAGCAGCUGGUUGAAUCCCAGGGUCUGCAGCACUGCCGACUCUGGGGGAAGAUUCUGGGAACAGAGAGCAGCUAUAUUGUUGCAGAAGCUGAGCACAGAGAGGGAGACGAAGAGGAAGAAGAUCAGAGCAUAGAAGCAGCAGCUGAAGAAGAGGAGGAAAAGGCAGAGGCGGAGGAGAACGAGAAUGAUCCACUCCCUCAGUCAACCUAUAAACCCCCUCCUGUGGUGCCAAAGGAGGCCACAGGAACAGGGGCUAACAAAUUUAUUUACUAUGUUUGCAAAGAGCCCGGUCUUCCAUGGGUAAGGCUUCCUACAGUGAGUCCUGCACAGAUCAAUGCUGCUCGCCAGAUACGUAAAUUCUUCACGGGGCGACUGGACGCCCCUGUUAUCACCUAUCCACCUUUCCCCGGGAAUGAAGCCAAUUAUCUGAGAGCACAGAUCGCUCGAAUCUCUGCAGGCACACAAGUCAGCCCCCAGGGCUACUACCAGGCUGGAGAGGAUGAAAGCAAUGAAGAAGAUGAGGUACCCCACGACACCUAUGAAGUCAAUCCAGACUUUGAGGGCCUUCCAGUUUCUGAGAUGGCUGAUUCUUUGUCCACCUGGGUGCAUCACAUCCAACACAUCCUGCAGCAGGGACGCUGUACCUGGGUGAACCUUGCCAUGAAACAAGGGGAUGAGUUUAAUGAGGAAACUGAGGCUGAGGACAGGGAGGAAGAGACUGAUGAGCCUGAACCAGAAGUUGGACCCCCACUGCUAACGCCCCUGUCCCAGGAUGCAGAAAUCACCAACACUCCACCGUGGAGCUCUAAGAUGUCCUCCACUCUCACUGCUCAGCAUGCAGUCGCUGUGCUGCGAUCCAACCUCUGGCCUGGAGCGUACGCAUAUGCAUGUGGAAAGAAGUUUGAGAACAUAUACAUUGGAUGGGGUUUGAAGUAUGCAGGGGUAGGGUACAAUCCACCAGUCCCACCACUGCCACAGAGAGAGUAUGCCAGUGGACCAGAAAUCACAGAAGCUCUGGACCCAACACUGGAGGAGGAGCAGGCUCUCAAAGAAGCUUUAGAGGAGCAGCAAGCUGCUGAGGAGGAGAUGGAGGACUCUGAAGAUGAGGAGGAUGACUGAUGACUACUUUUGUUUUUGGAAGGCUCAGUUUUGUCAGCAACAUUCCUUGAUGUAAAAUAAAUGAACUGCACUCUAAUAUUUUCAAGUCAGUGAUGUUAAGAUGACACAGUACUUCUGAUACCAGUGUAUCCAAAUGAUUUUGAUGAUAAUCUGUGUUGGCCUAAAGGGGAUGAGGUUUAUUACUGCUGAUAAUAAUCCCAAAUACAACAUCCAAAAGUCUCUACCAUUUAAAAUUUCUGAGCUUUCUUCAUGAACAUUUGUUCUUAAAAGACUUCUUCAAACUUUUUCACAAUGAUAAAUUUCAUCUUGUUGAACUGUUAUUUUAACUAGUAUUUAUGCUUUUCCAGAUGUCAUCUUGAAGACCCUAAUUAAUUUAGCACAGGAAGUUUAAACUGGAAAAGUAGCCUAGGAAAAAAGGGUGGAGAU